AGUAUUUGGCAGUAUUUGGGGAGUUUUAUAAGGUAGCAAAAGAUCUUGUUCCAAAACUCUCUAAUUCUUAUGGAAAUAUCAAUGUAAAAAACUGCAACUGCAACAAAACUCUCUAAAUCCAAUCCCUUUACUGAAAUAAAACUCGCUAAUUCAUCUUCCUCCAUUACUGUUUCAAAACUCUCUAACUCCAGGCUUCAACUAGCACACUUCAAGGCAGUACUGCAACAAAACUGACUAAUUCCUAAUCAUAUGAUAGUCAUUGGCAACAUAUUCUUCAAACAGAAAGUGGGCAGUUCCUUCAAAAUAGUUAUUAUUUUGUGUUUAUAUAUUGGCUACACUGUACAGCAGUGCAUCUUGGGAAAUUGUUUGUUUACUUCAUUAGUUAUUUCUGUUUUGUACAAUAUGGCUGAUCCAGAGGUAACCUUAUUACAAAGCGGUAAUGUUGAACCAAUGCCUGACAAUUCCACGAGAAAGAGAAAAAGAAGAGUAGAUAACUGGAAGAAAACCAAGGACAAAAAGAAGAGACACUCCGCUCAAGGAUUCCCAAAUAUUCCAACUUGUGGACAUCGUGAAAGAGCUAACGGAUCCAAGCACUGUUAUGACUGUUCCCGUCUUAAUAUGCAGGACAUAAGACGUUUUCAUCAGGGGUUCUACAAAUCUUGCAAUAAAAUUGACCAAGAUCAAUUUAUACUGAGGUACGCCAAAGGAAAAGUUCUAAAAAGACAUCGGCUUCAAGGUCCUCAUUCUUCUGAAAGAGCUUCGGCUGUUGGCCGCUCCAUGGAUUCUGGGGGGAGCAAACAUGCGAGGAAUGAUGUUGAAGGGGAUAAGAGAAAGCAAGAAUUAGAACGUAGGAAGAAGGAGGAGGAGAAAAGAAGGGCAGAGAUGGAACGAAAGAGGAAAGAGGAAAUAGAGAAAGAGAAAUAUGAAAGAAUUGUUGGAAGAACAGAGAAGAAGAAACAGUAUAGAGAGGAUGAAGGAGAGGAUGAGGGAGAGUCGGAGGAUGAGGGAGAGUCGGAGGAUGAGGGAGAGUCGGAGGAUGAGGGAGAGUCGGAGGAUGAGGGAGAGUCGGAGGAUGAGGGAGAGUCGGAGGAUGAGGGAGAGUCGGAGGAUGAGGGAGAGUCGGAGGAUGAGGGAGAGUCGGAGGCUGAGGGAGAGUCGGAGGCUGAGGGAGAGUCGGAGGCUGAGGGAGAGUCGGAGGCUGAGGGAGAGUCGGAGGCUGAGAGAAAGAAAAAAGUGAAGCGGAGAGAAGAGAAAUAG